CGGCACCAUUUCCCAGAAGGCGCCGCGUUUCCUGCUUCGAAAGUCCCUUUUCUUUUCCCAUCGGCCCUUGCGGGGCGGGGCAGCCAAAGUGGCUCUUUCCUGCCUGGCAACCGAGGAGCGGCUGUAGCCGGACAGGAAGGGAGGAAUGAAUGGUGUCUCCCUGGCAGCUACGAGUUAAAUGUGGCGCUUGCUGCGGCACACGCUGAGAGCCCUUCCUGGCCUGAGAGGGAGGAAGCAGCGGCUGGGCUGUCGGGGCCCUGCUGGCAGCGCGCUUCCCGCCAUGGAGCGGGCCGUGGUGCGCUGCGUCCCAGCCGAGCCCAAACUCAGUGUCUCGUUGGUGCUGGGCGACGGCAGCGCCCGGCACAUGCAGCGGGACCAGGCGGAGCCUCUGGGCCGGGCGCUUGCCCGCAUCGCCAACAACGCCGGCAAAGGCCAUACCAAGGCGGCCAAGAAGAGCAAGAAAGCGCGGGCCGAAGCUGAAGCCGGAGCGCUGCCUCUGCAGCCCCCCACCGUCUGCCUCUUCUCCCAGGACGGCGAGGCCGUGGCCGAGGACGUGCCCAACGCCGAGGCCUGGCAAGACGGGGCGGUCCUGCAGAUCGGCGAGGCCCGCUAUCGCGUGGAGCGCAACCCACCCACCUUGACGGAGCUCCAGCUGCCGCGCUCCCUCCUCGCCGGCUUCCCGGUCUGCCCCAAGCUGCGCACCGAGUUCGGCUCUGCGAGCGACUGCCUCUUUCGCUGGUACCAGGAGCAGAGGGUCGAGCCGGCAGCGGCAGCGACGGCUGGGGGCGAAAGGAGCGGCUGGGUAGAGGCGCCUGGAGGCACCGAGCGGGUCUUCACGCCGAGCAACGCGCACAUCGGGCUGCGCCUCAAGCUCCUGUGCACGCCGGGCGACAGCCAGCGGCGCUACGGGGUGCCCCGCGAAGUGGAGAGCAGCGGCCCGGUGGAGGCCGGCCCGGGCGCCUGCACGUUCGACGCGCGGCACCUCUACACCAAGAAAGUGACCGGGCCUGGCCUCAUCCGCACCGUCACCUACAACAUCCUGGCGGACAUCUACGCCCAGACCGAGCUCUCCCGGACCGUGCUCUAUCCCUACAGCGCUCCCUACUCUCUGGAGUUGGACUACCGGCAAAACCUGCUCAAGAAAGAACUGGCCGGUUACAGCGCCGACAUCAUCUGCCUGCAGGAGGUGGACAAGGUGGUCUUCACGGACAGCCUGGGCCCGGCGCUUGAUGCCUUCGGCCUGGAGGGUCUCUUUAAGCUCAAAGAGAAGCAGCGCGAAGGUCUGGCCACUUUCUACCGAAGGGACAAGUUUAGCCUGCUCAGCCAGCACGACAUUGCCUUAAACCAGGCCCUACUUGAAGAUCCCUUGAACAAAGAACUGCGAGACAAGCUGGCUCCCUAUCCUCAGGUGCAGGAAAAGGUGCACCAAAGAUCAUCCGUGUUGCAGGUUUCUGUUCUUCAUUCUACAAGUGAUCCUUCCAGGAAGAUUUGCAUAGCUAACACCCAUUUGUACUGGCACCCAAAAGGUGGAAACAUCCGUCUAAUCCAAGCUGCAGUAGCAUUGUCCCAUAUUAGGCAUGUAACACAUGACAUGUAUCCUGCUAUACCUGUCAUAUUCUGUGGAGAUUUUAAUAGCACACCAUCUGCUGGAAUGUAUAGUUUUGUCAAUAGUGGCAGCAUUGCUGAAGAUCAUGAGGACUGGGGCUCAAAUGGAGAAGAACAGUGGUGCAGUAUGUCUUUAACCCAUCCAUUCAAACUUAAAAGUGCUUGUGGAGAACCAGCAUACACUAAUUAUGUUGGGGGCUUUCAUGGAUGUUUGGACUACAUUUUCAUUGAUGCAAAUGCUUUGGAAGUUGAACAGGUAAUUCCACUGCCAAGUCAUGAAGAAGUAACCACUCAUCAGGCCUUACCAAGUGUUUCACACCCCUCAGAUCAUAUAGCACUAAUAUGUGAUUUAAAGUGGAAAUAGACUAAAACAUUCUUGGCAUCUAUUCCUUCCUUUUUAAGGGAGGGAUUCGGGCUACUGUAGGAGAAUUCAACUCAAAUCCUAGCUUGGUCAUGACUUUUUACAAAGGAGAAUUUGAUAAAAGGGUUUACAUGCCAAUUAGUGACAUUGUACCAGAUUUUCAGCUCUUGGUAACUGGUCAUAAUUCUUAUAAACCAGAAUGCUCUUAUGGCUAAUGCUCCUUUUUCUGUGUUAAUAAGCAAAGCAGUAAAUGUUCAAUGCUGUUUUAAAGCUGGAUUAUCAUACUUCUCCUUUCAGGUGGUUUUUAAAUGGUGAUUAAGAGUAUUUUACUUAAAGUACAGUCUACUACAAUGGGCAGCUGAAUUUAUGUAAAAAUCGGAACAAAUGUGAGGGUCUGGGUAUUCUCAACUAGUACCAUAUCUGUUGCUCUUUAACAAGGUGCCAAAAUUGUGUAAAUGUAUACUGCCACAUUAUAAAACCAUCUAUUUAAAUAUAGGAUUCAAGAGUGGAUUGGCACAACUACCUGUUCUCAGGUGUGUUAUUUUUAACAAAAACCCAAACAAGACCUAAUCAAUUUGUCCAUGUAAACCAAAAUUGUACUUAAAUUAAAAAAAAAAAACCUACAUGUUUGUGCAUUGACUUCUUCUGACAAUAAGGAAAUGGUUUUCUGCAAGUACUGUAAAGAAUUCUUUGCUUUUUAGUAAUGCAUAAAAGUGUAAGCAGA